ACAGCCUCAUAUCUUUGUUCAUUAGAAUUAUUAUCGGAGUUUCUUAAUCCCUCCACAAACAAAGAGAUACGGACAGGGUCUAUUGGUCACUGUUGGGUUCACACUAACGACCUGCCAAGCUAUCGGAUAAAGAGGCGUGGCAUUGUGUCGCGGCGGACACCCGGCACAUCUCUGUCAACACAUUUUUACCCGCUUUCGAAGUCAUUGAUCCGUGUCCAUUUAAAUAUCACGGACGGGGAGGGCGGGAUCCUAUUGAGUGGGUACAUUCCUAACACACUGCGGGGGAAGCCAAAGCAAAUAAGAGCAAGGCCGUGAAAAAUUCUCGACUCCAUUAUUUGUGUUUGGGCUUUCUUUGUACCAAUAUUUGAACAGAAUACUGGAUUUUUUUUUUGCAUCUUGGGAACUAUAAGGAAAGACAUCGGCCAUGGCGUCUGAUUCAGGGAGCAAGCCGUCAGAAGUCAAACUGACCAUAACUAACGAAAACGUGAAUACGAGCGACGUGACCAAGGGAAUAGAGGUUGACUUAAACGAGAGAGACCCCAACGACCUCCAUGAUGAUCUCAAGAUCCAGUUUCAUGAAAUAAUAGGCGAACCCCACACAGAUGUCUAUUCCUUCGAUUGUGUUUGGGUCAACAGCUUCAAGUGUUUUACCAACACGAAGAUUUGGUGCUACAGAAUCACCAGUCUGAUCUGUGCAUUGCCAGUCUCCUUCUGCUGGGGAAUCUACUUCGCCUGUUUCGCCUUCCACAACAUCUGGAUCCUGAUGCCCUGUCUGAAGGCUUACGGGAUGAACCUCCGACUCCUCCGGUCUUGCUUCAACAGCAUCAUAGAGACAUUUGUCAAACCCUGCUAUAUGGCUGCCGGUUAUGUCUUCUUUAACAUCCGAAUUCUCAAAGGAGGAGAUCCAGCAUAGCGCAUGCGCACAACAAAGUCAUGUUAAAUUUGUUUUAGGGAAUUAUGAAAUUAUUACUUUUCUUUGUACAAAAUAUAUAUCUGUAACAAUGAGAAUAACUUGUUAUGGUUACUUAACUCGUCUACGCAAUCAUCCUGUGACACUAUAUAUAUAUACAAUCAACAGAAGAACCUUUGUGACCUCCCUGGUCAUACAAGACCGAAUACUCAAACCAGGUCCAUAGAAAACUGAGUUGCAUUUAUGUAUUGAAACAUUUAAACUCAACUCAACUCCAUUUUGAUUUCGAGUUGUUCAAGCAAACUUCAUUGUCUGCUUCAUAAUGGACGGGUAUUUAUCAGUAAGCUGUCGUUGUCUGUUGUUUUUUUUUAAAUUGCGCAAGGAAGUUACAUGUGAUGUAAUGAUUAUAUGUUUUUAUAAAUGUGCAUGUAUGUACAAUGCAAAUAGCGUUUUUGUAUAAAGGUGUAUCUGAAAUUAAAAUUAAAAAAAAACCAAAACAAUAA